CUUCCCGCCCGCCGUACGCGGCGCUGCCCAACAUGGCGGCCAAGGUGGCAAAGCUGGCAGCUGUUUCUUCUGGGCUGCCUUUUAUAUGUAUUACUGUCUAUGCAGCAACAGAAAAGGGAUCAAAAAGUCAGCUGGUGAAGCCAGAUCAGCUCCCCAUUUACAGAGCACCCCCUGUGACAUCGAGGUACGUCGAGGAGCAGCCGGGGCAGCUGCAGAGCCGCCUCUCGACAGUGCGACGGACAACCGGCCGCUACCUGGGCUGGUGCCAGACUGCUUAUGUCUUUGUUAAAAAUGGAAUAACGGAUUCAAUUCAAUUUGGAAAAGAUGCUUAUGUUUACCUGAAGAACCCCCCACCCGAAUUUCUUCCCAAAGUUGGUGUAAUUACAGUCUCAGGCUUGGCUGGAGUGGCACUGGCAAGACAAGGUUCUAGAUUUAAGAAAAUUGCUUAUCCAUUGGGACUUACCACUGUAGGGUUUUCUGUGUGUUACCCAGCUCAGUCAGUGGUCAUUGCUAAGGUAACAGGGAAGAAGUUACUUUGUUGGAGUUGUCAGAUCUAUGAGGCUGUGAGAUCACUGUGGGCAGAAAAGGAACCUGUCACCAAGCUGCAGCCAGAGUCAAAACCAAUUACACAAGAAGAUAAGAAGAAAGGAGUUUCUAGUAACAAACCUGAGUCUGCUGUUGAGUCAAGAUCAUUGAACAGAACAGAAUCUUCUCCAGUAGAGUCUUGGAGUAAUAAAGAUCCAGUGCCUUCAUCAGGAACAGUGAAGACACCAAAAUUUAAGCCUGAUCCCAAACUUAUGGACCAUGGACAGUCCAGCCCAGAAGAUGUGGAUAUGUACAGUACUAGAAGCUAAGCCAAGCCUGCUUACAAACUGCAAAAUGUCACAGAUAAGGGGGAGGGAAGAAGGGAAGGAAUAAUCCUUACAAUACAUACUCUGUGAGGUAUAAUUUAAUCAGACAUUUUCCUAUCUCAGUUUGCAUUAUUGACUUCCAUGAUUCUGUUUAGUGCAUAUUUUAUUUCUGACUGAGAAUUCACUCAGUGCCAUUAGGGAGACACCGAGAAAAUGAGGUUUGUCAGUGUCUUCUCCCAGUGAGGUUUCUCUGUGCCAAACUUGUUAAUAAAUGUCACUUCACAAAGGAUAUUUGGAAAUGUAAACAUAUCUCUGCUUCGGCUCAGAUGUUCAUUGAUCUGAAAGAGGAAUGUGAGGGAUGGGGUUUGCACAAAGGCUUCUUUGGCUGCUUUCUUUCAGCUCUGGAAUGAAGUGCAACUUCUUACUGGUCUGAGUACCCCUGACAGCUUGUGGUUAUAUUGUAUGAACAGCAUUGUUUUUAAUGCUUCUGUAAACUUUUUUUCAUUGCAAAAUAAUGUGAUGUUGUUUGCCUCUUUCACAAAGGUGAAUGGAAACAGCUCCUUGUCCUGCUUCUGAGGUUUUUAAGUGUCACUGAAGGUGGGAAAAACACACAACUGAUCUCUAAACAUCCUUUAUAGACCGUGAAUCACUUUUCACCUGCUUCCAGUACUUUGAAGAACUGUGUGUAAAUUGCUCAAUCCAUGAAAGUGAUACUGAGAUUAUAUAAAAUCCAUUAGCAACUUUUAGGAUGUUGGAAACCUGUAAUUUCAAGGUGUUAAGUGCUGACAGAUAUUAAAAAUACAGAAGUAAGAGACAGCCAACUUUUUCUCCCCAGAACUUUGUAUGCAAUACCCAUUGACCUUGGGAGGAUUUCUGUAAUGUUCUUUUUCCAUAAGAAUGAGAUUAGAAAUUCAUUAAGUUUCCUUAAUGAUGAAACUAUCAAACGUUACAUUUAUCAUUGUGUUUAUUGCUCUAGUUCUGUUCAUCCUCCAUUUCUCUUCAUUCUUUUUUCUGCCAAUUCAUGAAAUUAUGGGCUUUGCUAUAAAUUAGAGGUGGAAGCAAGAACAAAUUAUACAAGCAGAUAGGCUAAAACCUGAAAUGCUGCUUCAUAUGGAUGUGUUCUCAGCACUGGGAUGUGAAGGGAUGUUUGCUCCUGUUCUCCAUGAGAAGAGAUUUCACAGCCUGAUUCCUUCUUCCAAGGCUGCUGAUGCCAAGGCAAAUGACUGGUGACAUACAGGGAAACAGAAUUCCCAGUGUCCCUGUGGAACCAGCAGGAGUUGUGAGGAGAUGCUGCAGGAUGGAAUGUGCACAAGUGGUGAAUGAGCAAAAGAAGUACUAAAGCUUUUGUGAUGGUUCAGAAAGAGAUAAGUAUUGGUAUUUUAGAAUCCAAAUUUCAGGCACCAUGUCGGACUUUGUUACACAGGGUCCACUGGAAAGUGAAGUCAGUAAAUGUGAAGUUUAAAGACGAGGAGUUCUAUUAGUUCAGCUUGUUUGGGACAGCUGACUUAGGAUUUGAUGUGUUUUGUUUAUUUAAUCAUCUCUUAAGGCCCAGGAAUUCAGGCAGCAAUCAGAGGAUAUUAAAUCAGUCUUCAGAGAGCUCCUGGACAAGACACAUUUAGUGUUUCAUCACAGAGAAAGGAGUAGAAAAAUUAGAUGGCUGGGCUUCAUAUGCCAUUUCCAGGUGAAGACAUAAGGCAGGAAGUGGAAAUGGUGGAGAAAUUAUGAUUUUCAAGUGCAAGACUGGAUGGCAGAAAUUGUAUUAUGUCUCCCUGUGAUCAGGUUCUGGUUAAAAAACAUAAAGGAAAACCCAUCUCCUCUACUCCUCGAUUCUGUUAAAUUCUAACUGCCCUUUGAUGAUGUGCUUCCACAAGUCAACAGGAAAGGUAAGGGGAUGCAGAUUUGGUUGGAUUUUGUAGGAGUUUACUGUGGUGAGAUUUUUCAGGAUAUAGUGAAAAACUAUGACUAAGGGUUAUAGUAAUAAUAUAACAAGGACUCCUGGGAGCAGAGAGAGAAGCCACCUUGGGUACCUGUUAGGGAGCCAGCAUGUCUGCCCUUUCCAGGCAAAGAGAAGUGCCAAAAGCUGCUUUGGGCCUUCCCAGACUUUGAGGGCAUUUCCAUUCCAGCCUUGUGACACCAGUGCAGUGUCUGGUCUGCACAAGGUCCUUUGGCUCCUGGGUGGUUGGGCAGACAAGACUCAGGUGUUCUAUGCAAACAGCUUGUGUUACACCCCCUGAUUCUGCAAGUUGUUCAUGCUGUGCAUGGCCAUGGUACACAAAGCUGUCCUCAGGCUGUAUUUCAGUCUCAAAUUACUGCUCAGGACAAAACUGUAAUAGACCUACACCUCAGAGUUAAAUCAGCAUUCCAAAGUCUUACAAACAUCUUCUGGGACAUAACCUAAAAUUGUUGUUCCUGCCCACUGUGGUGAAUGAGCAGGAUGAGGGAUGCAGCCCUAGAGCCCACAGAAUGGUGUGCCUGUGCUGAGUCAUUUCUUGGUGGGUAAGAGCUGUAAGCUCAGCCCAGGGUUUCCCAGGUGGCUGCCCCAUCCCUGGAGGUGUCCAAGGCCGGGUUCUUUGGGGUCCUCAACAACCUGGUUUAGUGGAAGGUGUCCCUGCCCAUGGCAGGGGAUGGAACAAGAUGGUCUGUAAGGUCCCUUCCAACCCAACUAAUGAUGAUAUUAGUGUCACUUCUUAGUUUUUCCAUCAGCUGAGAUUUCUCCUUCUCAUCCUUCUCUACAAGGCAGGGUAAUUUUCUGUUGUUUCGUUUGUAUCAACAGUUUUUGUUUAAUAUCCCUCCACAGUUGAAAAGCUGGGCUAAGAUUAGAGGCUUGGGUUUUAGGACUGAAACACAUCCAGCUGAAGAAAACUGUUCCCUCUGUGCAGCCAGAGAAAGUGGGACAAAAGUGUGGAAGGUUUUGUAUUCUGUGUGGUGUGUUCUGUGCUUUCAGGUCAGACAUCUGAGCCUCCAGGGUUUAUAUAAUACUCUACAGGUGACUUGUUCCAGGUAACUGCAAGCAACUGUAGCCACAUGUCUGUAUUAGUAAUUUCUAGUAAAGGUGCUAUGCAAUGGCUUUAAAAAAGCAAAUUCAGAUCUCCAUGAUGCCAUGGCUUGUGAGUCUUCAGUGUAAAUAUGUGCCUGACUUGAUCUCUUCAAGACUUCAGACCCAAUAGGCAAAUCUGUUACAAAGAAAACGUAAGAUGGGGGGAAAAGUUGCAUUGUGAGACAUGGUUUUAUUAAUUUAUAGUGAAACAGUUUGAAAUGUCUCUAAAAUGUAUCACUUAAAGUCUAUUUCAUAAUGCAAUAAGACAGUAAGAACAUAUACAGUAAUUUUUAUAUGUUAUAUAUUUGUGAAAAAUUCAAUGUCUUAAAGAACUGGGUCACGUGUAUUUUCUAAUACAGAAAUAACUUUAAUGCGUUUUUUUUUAUUUAUGAUUGAUUGUAUUCGAUAUAGGGAGAUUUGGAACUUGUUGAUAUUAAUUUUUUAUUUACAUAAAACUGAUUGUGAUACUUUAUUUUGUCAUAUCGCUGUGAAGCACCUGGAAAUAAAGGGUGAUAAGACACUUUUUAAAAAUUAAGUUGAA